GAGAAGGAGAGUCAUGCAAGAAAUCCCUACAGUGGGCUUGGGUACCUGGAAGGCUUCUCCAGGAGAAGUGACCGAUGCCGUUAAGGUGGCAAUCAACUUGGGCUACCGGCACUUUGAUUGUGCUUACUUAUACCACAAUGAGAGCGAGGUUGGACUGGGAAUCAAGGAGAAGAUCAGGGAGGGCGUGGUGAAGAGAGAGGAGCUGUUUGUCGUCAGUAAGCUGUGGUGCACCUACCACAAGAAGUCUUUGGUGAAAACAGCAUGCACCAAUACCCUGGAGGCCUUAAACUUGGAUUACCUGGAUCUCUACCUCAUACACUGGCCCAUGGGUUUCAAGCCUGGAGAAAAAGAUAUCCCUUUGGAUCGCAGUGGCAAGGUCAUACCCAGUCACACCAGCUUUCUGGACACUUGGCAGGCCAUGGAGAACCUGGUGAUGGAGGGUCUGGUGAAGAACAUUGGGGUGUCCAACUUUAACCAUGAACAGCUUGAGAGACUUUUGAAUAAGCCUGGUUUGAGAGUAAGGCCAGUAACAAACCAGAUUGAAUGCCACCCAUAUCUUAAUCAAAAGAACCUGAUUGAUUUUUGCCAUCAAAGAAAUGUGUCCGUGACCGCUUACCGUCCCCUUGGUGGCUCAAGAGAUGGGGUUCACUUGAUGGAUGAUAUGGUCAUUCGGAAGAUUGCAAAGAAGCAUGAGAAGUCUCCUGCUCAGGUAUUUGAUUUUGAAUUAACUGAGAAAGAUAUGGAGGAACUGCUCAGCCUCGACAAGAACCUCCGCUUGGCCACAUUCCCCACAACUGAAAAUCACAAGGACUAUCCUUUUCACAUAGAGUACUGAAGGCAGCUUCACAGGCCAUCAUCUCUGCUCAGCGAAAACAAAUCACAAAGGUUGGCAGCAUUGAUCCAACCCUGCAUAGGCUGUGUGGUCCCUGUGUGGCCAUAGUACCAGACACACUCACAGCCAAAAUUGACAACAGAGUCAUAACAAGGAAAAUCCUGCCUAGAACAAGGCCAGUUUAGAGAAAAAGAUCUAGGGAUGAGAAAGGGAAGUACUAUGAGGGCUACGCCUGCUUCCACGUUGUUAGGGAUAGCCAGCCAAGCGCAAAGAAUAAUGUAAUCUAUGUCAAUUAUUCCUAGUCUUUAUGGCUUGUAUUUCAAGAAGUGAGAUGCUGUUUGCUCAUGAAUUAAAAUUACCUUCAGAUUUUAAGAAAACCUGCUUGACAGAAGUGUUUGAAUAACAUGUAAGAUUUGAGACGUUAAUACAAUCAAUAUCCAUGACUUGGCUUCAGUUACCACCAGCCUGAGGCCAAUUGUGUGCUCUGCCCUCCCAGAAUUUUCUAGAUGAUUUUAAAGCAAAAUCUUCCUGCACUUAAGAAGAAAAAGCCAUCAAGCUGAGGUCCCAGCUCAGACAAAAUCUGUUUUUAUUUUUUCUUACUUAAA